AUGUUCCACUCUGGCGACUUGCAAUCGGGUAUCUCUCUUGCCAUCGCGGAAUCCAAGCUCGUGGCUUGUUUCGUGCACUCUCCGUCCGAUUCCGAAAGCGCGACAUGGKAAACCUGGCUCACCAAUGAGAUCCUCUUCGCCGCGAUCUCUAGCAAAGCUGUAGUGCUACGGAUAGAAGCCGAGAGUAAAGAAGCGAGUUUCCUGGCUGCCUUUUGUCCAAUCGCAACGACGCCGACAUUUGUUGUCAUUCGAAAUGGACAGGUACUGGAGAAGGUGGAAGGCGGAGUCUCAAGAGACGAGUUCGCCAGCAGAAUUGGGCGGGCAAUGGACGUCGACAUCAGUGGAGACGGCAUGGACAUGGAGACAGAAGUAGAAACGGAGAUCCCAGCGGCACAAAUCACCACAGCACAGCAGCAACAACCACAGCAAGAACAGCAGCAACAUCCAGACCCAGCCACAGUGAAUAUGACCUCCCUCUUUCCCGACCGCGCCGCCCGAACAUCUGUUCAAAAUGACCAGGUCCGCUCGGCAGAAGCCGCGGAGAAAGCGGCUCGAACAGCUGCCCGGCGGAAAGAAGCCGAGGAAGCGCAUGCCUUCCACAAGGACAAGGGGAAGGGGAGAGCGAGCGAAGGUACCGAUAAAGGCAAGGAAGCUGCGAGGCGAGACUACCUAGUUCAGCAGAGCAAAGCGAAACAAGACGCCAAGACGGAAAAGGCACGAAUAUUGGCGCAAAUCGAAGCGGAUCGCAUGGAGAGGAAGGCAAGAUCGCAAAGAGCGCCUACGGAUGCUCCUGCUGCUUCUUCGCCGAUGAACCCAAGCGCUGACGCGGCAAGUCGGCGGAUUGGCGCGGGUGGGAUGUGUGCACUUCAGAUUCGACUGUUUGACGGGACGAGUAUCAAGCGAAGAUUCGAACCUUCGGCGACGCUGGAAGGGAGUGUCAGGGAGUGGAUCACUACGCAGGAGGGCGUCGGACAGGAACCCUUUACAUUCAAGAUGCUGAGAGCGCCGUUGCCAAGUCGAAGCAUUGAGAUUGGAGAGGAGCGGCAGUCGCUGCUUGACUUGGGCCUGACGCCGAACGCCACGCUGGUGUUGGUUCCUGUCAAAGGGUAUACGCAAGCUUACGAUGGGAAUGAAGGAAGAGGGUACAUGAGUUCGGCACUGCACCUGGCGUAUGGGAUGGCGAGCGGUGCGACGGGGAUGUUGGGAGCAGCUUUGACCUAUGUCCCCGGUUUUGGGCCUAGUGAGCCUGCGGAAGGGAAGACAGCAACGGGACCGAGUGAGGCGAUCAGAGAGGACGUGAGAGCUGAUGCACCGGGCAAGAAAACAGAGUUCUACAAUGGAAACUCCUCGGCUUUUGAGAGCCGGAAAGAUGAUGACGGAGAAGGGAAGAGAGAUUGA